GGCUUCUAUCCAUUCCCUGCAACUCAACAACCUCAAUGGCACCAAGCAGCGGAAGAGGCAAAACAACGAGAAAAGCAAGCAAGCCCAGAAGAAGCAGUUACACGAAGAAGCUUGUAAAGCCCAACAAAAUUAAUACUCAAACGACAUCACCAGUGUCGGAGGAUUUGCGUUCCGAGAUGGAUGGAUUGGAUCAUAAUGGAGUUGAUGAUAUCGCUAAUGCAAGUCCAUGCUCCACACCAAAAGCACAAAGGUUUCGGAUACCAGAGAUCGACACAUGCCCUCCGGCACCGAAGAAGCAAAGAUCACUUCCCUCAAAUUGCUCAUUGCGAAGAACUCCUAUUGCUUUCUUUGCUCCUCCAGAUAUAGAGCUCUUCUUCGUCUGUGCAUUUAGAGACAUCUCAGUCUGAUGAUAAGUUCUAGC